AGGUAAAUGCCCACAGCUCAGAGAGCAGCUUAGCACUGCACAGGAACACUCAGCAGGAUGACAGGGGACACUACAUUUACACAGGGAAUGACUAAAAGUUUGUUUUUCUUGGCACGCGUGGUAGAAUGAGUCAUGAUUUUAUGAGGCUUAUCAAAUGUUCAGGCAGAUGGCGAGCAGGAUGGUUUGCCUCGGCGAUGAAGAGUUUUCCCUCCAAUCAUGCUCUGAAGCCUCUGAUUCCCACCUUCUGCCUGGUGGUUCUGAUGAUUUACGGCCAAGCUGAUAAACUCAGAAACUUCGUGGCUGGCAUUUUUAUCCCACAGUAUCGCUACCCAUACCCUGUGGCUCUCUGCUUCUCUCAGGUUGUGGUGUCUCUUGUUUUCCUAAAUCUCCUCCAUGUCCUGGGUCUGGUGCCCCUCAAACGUUACUCCAGGCCUCUCGGUGAGAGGCUGCUGCUGCCUGCGCUCUGUAACAGCGUCCAGGCCGUGUUGGUUAUGUGGACCAGAGCCAGCACCUCAUACGGAGGCUUCUUUCUCUUCAUCAUGCCUCUGCUACCUCUAGUAACUGUGGGCUUCAGUUUCGUCCUGAAGGUGACUUCUCCACCAUCCAGCCACUCCACUGCUCUGAUUUCCAUGCUAACUGGGAUGUUUAUCAUCUUCUCAGCGUCCAAAGGAAUUUCGUGCACAGAGCCGCUUGAGUUUAUGUACGCACUUCUAGCUUUAAUCCUCCAGAGCAUUUAUCUUCUUGUCUUGGCCAAAGUAUAUGAGACAGAGCACCACCAGCCUCAUGAAGCCCAAGCCUCUUACUUUGACAUCUUCUACACCCAACUGGUCAACCAGAGUGGGGUGUUGGGCCUCCUGUGGCUCCUCCACCCAGACAGUCCCUGGCAUGUUUUGAGGCACAGCAGCUGGCAAAAUCUGCUCUUCCACGGAUAUCUGCUUGCGAUUCUCCUGUUAGGGAUGGUGCUCAACUUCCUGGUCUGUAUUUCUGCUCUUUGUGUCUCGCCGUUUGCUGCUGCCAUGCUUUACUCGUCCAGGCAGAUGGUGCAGCCCUUUCUUCAGCUGCUGUAGUCUCACUGGAUGGUAAAAAUUCAUAUUUAUGUAGCCUUAAAAACUGAAAAUUCUCAUCAUAAGACUCAUUUAGAAUUUUCUGCCAUUUUGGAUUGUAAGAAUUUUUUAACUAAUUUACAAAGAUUGAAGCAAAACCAGAACAGGGUUAAACAGGAACUAAAGCCUCGCUUAAAAAUAAACAAUGGUUCCAAGCUUUUCAACCUUUAACCAGACAUAACACAGGUGAAGACAUGCAGCACUAACAAUACUUUUUUUUGUUAAUUUAAUCCUUAUUUAACCAGGGAAAUCUUUUGAGAUCAAGUCUCUUUUGCGAAGGUGCCUUGGCUGAACUGUAAGGACCAGAUAUAAAGGAUCCUUUGUAAAUAAGCACAAACUGGUUUUCAACAUUUUACUGCUGCAAUGAGCUUAAAAAUGUCAUACGAGACAGUUUCAAGGUCUAAAUAUAAAACAUGUUAGAACUUAUAACACCUUGAUUUAACACAAUUUUUUGGCUGAAUUUGAGGAUUUUCAGAUUAAAUCCAAGUCAGAUUCUGUUGGUUGCAGCCAAUCACAACCAGUAAUGUGAUCAAAAGGCAAAUAUCUCCAUCCUAGCUAAGACUUGUCAACCCUUGACCUCUAAAAAGUCUGCAAAGGCAUCAAAAACAGUUAACACACCCUGCUGAACUUCUUGACCUCAUCUGUUUUCUAUUGAAGCAAUAACGACUAAAGUAUCAGCAGCAGUGAACUUUUCUCAUGUUUGAUAGUUUAUGUCUCAUCAAUAAGAAAUUUAUGAAAAAAUAAUGAUCAGCUUUGUAAAAAAUGUAUUACAUAAAAGCUAAACUACCCAGACUUCUGCCAGUCUAGUUAAGAACAGGGUGUACUUUUUCACAAACAGAUCAUCUCAGGAGGACAAAAGUCAUUUGCAGCCAAGAACCCUUUUUAUUUUAUUACCAAGCAACUUCUAAAAUUCCUAUUUUUGUAAAACUGAGUAGUUUCAAUAAUUGUGCUAAAAAAAUUCAACAAGGAUUAAACACCUACUUUUGUCUUUUACUGAAUACAACUGUGUUUUCCCUUAAAGACUCUGGUAUUUCAGACGACAGGGAUUAACGAGGGUGAGGUUGUCCGCGCUGACACACAAACCUUUGAACUCUCUUCAAUGCAUGUUUAUAAAUCAGUGUUUUUGGUGAAUGGAUGAAUUUUAACCAGAAGACACUCCUGAAUGAGUCUGCCAGCUCAGAGGAAAAAGGGACAAUGGUGAAAAACUGUUUUCUUUAGAAUAAGUUAUUACACCUAGAUUUUAGAAAUUUAGUCAUUAUUUUGUAUAAUAGAUUCUGUGCAUAUUUAAUAAAAACAUUUGUCGUGUCCAGCAACGGUCAGUUUAGGUACAGUCUGACCUUUCAACGUCUAUUCAACAUCUGGUCAGAAAGGAGACACAACACUGCAUGUGUUCCCUUUAAAUGAGCCUGCCUUCAUACCAGCUGGGACUCACAGACUCUGCAAGUCUGAAAGAUAAACAAUAACUUUCUUUCCCAAGGUCCCAUCUGUAUGCCUCCACAGAAGGAAGAACUCCAGCUCGAAUCAAUUGCUAAAUUCAAGAAUGAUUUCCUAAAUCAAUAUGAACUUCUACCUUGACUUAUAAUCUAGAUAAUCACGAAAUAAACACUUCUUUAUUACUACUU